AUGGAUGCAACUCAUUCACGACCAAAACCCUGCCCCUCUGAUGCCUCUAGCAUUUCUGCUGCUGCUUCAGAGGGAACUCAACAUGAACAUCCACACCAGGUUCAUGUUGGUGAUAGAAAGAUGAAGAUGAAAAUGAAGGAGAAAUCUGAACCUACGACUGCAGUAACCCAUGAAUCCAGUUCUCGUGUUUUGCUUGAUUUGAAGCUUUCUAGCGAUGAUUCGAUUCGUGGGUCUAAGCUUGAACUCAACCUUUUCACCCCUGUCAACACAAACAAUGAAUCUACUGAUGAAACCAUGCAUGGUGAGAAGCGAUCUGAUCAUAACAAUAAUAGUACUCAGUCUAGGGUUUUCUCAUGCAACUUCUGCAAGAGAGAUUUCUCUACGUCCCAAGCUCUUGGUGGCCACCAAAAUGCACACAAGCAAGAACGUGCACUAGCCAAGAGACGUCAAGGGAUGGAUUUGGGUGCUUUUGGGAAUUAUCCUUAUAGUUAUUACCCAUAUUCAAGCUUUUCAUCUCAUCAUAAUAAUCCUUUGUAUGGAUCUCUUAGCAGAUCUCUUGGGGUGAGGAUGGAUUCCUUGAUUCAUAAGUCUUCUGCAUCUUAUCCAUGGUGGUCCUCGGGCGGAGCCUAUCGGUUUAGCCAUGGUGGGUGGUCUAGGCAAGGCUUGGUGAAUUCACAACAACCUUCCAUUGAUAGGCUAAGGAUGGAGAGUUUGAAUGCUGUUAAUAAUAGUUAUGGUGGUGGAUUUGGAACUACUGCUGGGUCGUCUUCUUCUCCAAGAUUUGAUGAAAACAAAAAUAAUUCAUCAGUUCAGAAUCUCGGUGCUUCUCCUUCAAAUAUUAAUUCAUUGAUCGGAUCAUCUACCGGUGAUCAUCUCAGGCGAGCCGACCCUGCAACGAGUAAUCAAGUUGAUGCUUCAGGAAUUGAUUUAUCACUUAAACUCUAA